AUGACUGUAGUCAAACUUAGUCAGAGUGGACCGGCGGCAAGCGCUGACACUGGGACUGAGGUUAAGCCUAGCCCCAGUACAUCGGCACCUCCUGCGGUGGUUAUCGGAACCAGACCAAUUAGUCGACGUCCUGUGGCUAUGCGGAGAGCUGGUGAAGAGACUGCCACAGGUAGCACCGAGGCCAGUGCUCCUGCCGGAAAAUGGCCGACAGUAAGGAUCACUGAUCCAACUAAAGCAGGGUACCUGGAGAGGCGUAAUGCCGCCAGGAUACUCAAAAGGCUGCACGAAUCUCCACCAACAACGGAGGAGCUGACGAAGGAGGUAAGGGAGUCGAUAGAGUGGGCGAAGAAGGUUCUUCCUAACUUCACCCUCGAAAGGCCAACCACAUCGUCAGCUGCCACCAAAAGACAGAGGUCUACUGAAGAGGUUAAACCGUCAGCGAAAAGACCGAAAAAUCGAGGCAUAUCGCCUAAUAAAACGUUUGCGGAAGUGGCCCGCAAUCGCAUCAUCAUUGGUGUCCUGGAUGAGGGUGAUCCCGAAGGAAGAAUUCCCAGAGCCCAAUGGAAAUGGGUGCAGGCCGCUCUGACCAACGUAACGCUGGAAGUGCUACUAAGCAAUCCAGGUCCGCCCCCAUCAUGCACUGACGCUGGCUGGUACCAAGGCCAGAUUAAAAUUAUAGCCUGCGACGACGAAAGAUCGGUGGAGCUAUACAAGACUGCAAUAGCGAAGAUCGGGGAAGUCUACUCUGGAGCGAAGCUGGUGGUAGUAGACAAAAAAGACAUCCCGUCUCGACCGAGGGCACGAGUUUGGGUCCCUACACCCUCUGACCCACAGCAAGUCAUGCAGAUAAUAAGUGCAUGCAACCCAGGCCUUCCUACGGGGAGCUGGAAAUUUGUCAAGGCCUUUGACAAUACCGUAACAGUAGACGGUGUGGUGACGAAACGUGCCACAACGCAAGUAUGA